UCAGUUUGGUCGCGAGCCACAGGGACAACAACUCACCGAGUUCUAGCAGCAUGCGGCGUCUGUGUCUGUACCCGUUCUGCCCUUCAUGUUCGGCCUGCGAGGCGCUUAACCAGCGCUGGGCCACGCCGCUCGGCCGGCGGACAGUGCGCACCCGCUGUGCCCGUCGCCCCUACAGGCCCACUUACUUCCAAGAACAUCGCUUUACCCCCAAACGCAACUCUGCCUCCUGCAGCGGAGAGCGCUAUUCAGACACCUCGUACGAGGUGCUGAAGCAACACACGACCAACGGGCUGCUGCUGGGGCUGUACACAGAGGAGGUUUUGCAGCAGAAGGUCCUGGGCGCGGGCCCGUCGGGCGCUUGCGGUGGGUGGGCCGCCUCCCCCGCCCCCCUCGUUGGCCUGCGCCGUCGCAACGCAAUGAGGAGGAUCAAGCCGAAUCCGUGCAUCGGAAGCGACAAUGGCGCAGGGGGGGAGGCCUUCGGACCAAAGAACGAGCACGAACAGCCCGAUGACCGCCAACUGCGCAAUCACCUCAACUAUGCCGAGUCUGUGCUCGUGCAGCCGUUUGAAAUACUUUCAGAAUCCCUCGGGAGUCUGCGGGAGAAAUGCGAAGGUAUAGAGGAACUGCGACUAAAGGCUGACAAAGAGUCUUGCACAGACUUUGCUACUAAAUACUCGAAAUGAAUUGGUACCGUUAUGUUGUCAUUAUCAAAUACAGAAUUAUUUCUUAUUUUUUGUUAUUUACUUUCUAUCCACAUAGAAAUGGUAUAUUUUAUUCAAUUGCUCUUUUUUCAUUAUUAUAUGCAUGUAUCUACGUACUUUUUUUACGAAGUGAUAAUUUUGAUACCUUACAUUAUUUUCCUGUAACCACAAUUUGUAUUAAAUAUUUUAUUAUGGACAAACGUUUUUUAACUUUUUUCUAAUCUUUCUUUUGGGCGCUCGUCUAUUCAAUUGGCCUAUGGCAUUAAGUGAAUUA